AGGAUCACGUCUGAGAUCCAGGGGGAAGGGAUAAAGGAUCCACUAACUGUCUAUAGUAGCCUGCACAUGGCAUUUCUGUCAUCUUGACAUAGUGAACAUGUGUCCAUCGAAAUGUGCUGAGCUUUGGGCACUUUGGUGGAGUCUGUAUGCCUUUUAUGGAACAUAAACAGUGAUGGAGGUCGAGGCUGCGUACGAUGUAUUUGAGGACAACUGAGAGGAGGAGGAGUUAAGUUCAAUCGUCCCAUACAGACAGCCAUGCCAGUACUGGAGGUGAUCUGCAGCCUGAUGGGCUGGUUCUGUCUCUACUUGUUGUUCUGCUGUACCUUCGCUCAGCGGGGGCCCGAGUGGAACUGUCGGCUGGUCACUUUGUCCCACGGGGUCCUCAUAGUGCUGCUGACAGCGUAUGUCAUUUUCAUAGACGGCCCCUGGCCCCUCACACAUGCAGGUACAGAAAACACUGAGCUCCAGGCCUUCACCCUGGCCGUCUGCCUCGGCUACUUCUUCUUUGAUAUGUGCUGGUGUGUAUGCAACCGCACUGAGGGUCCUGUCAUGCUGGCGCACCAUGCUGCGAGCAUUGUGGGCAUCCUGCUGGCUCUGGUCAUGGGAGUGUCAGGCUGUGAGACCUGUGGAGUUAUCUUCGGCAGCGAGAUCACCAACCCCCUGCUGCAGACCCGCUGGUUCCUCCGCCAGGUGGGCCUGUACGACAGCCUGCUGGGCGACGCAGUGGACCUGCUUUUUAUUUUAUUGUUCGCCACCGUGCGCGUGGGAGUCGGCACAGUGAUGUUUUACUGUGAGCUCACCUCUCCCAGGACCACACUGAUAAUGAAGCUCAGCGGCGUGGCUAUGUAUGGACUGGCCUGGGUGUUCAUGGUGGACAUAGCCAGAUUUGGCUACAAAAAAAGUAGGGCUAAGUAUAAAAGGUGGCUAGAGGACCACAAGCUCAAAGAAAUCAACACACAAAAACUGGAUGGACUUUCAGACAAGAGCGACUGAAGGAAUUCAAGAUAGUUAAACUCACAGUUCUUGCAGGAACAAAGGUGUCCAAAGCUUGUGUGCUGCCUCUAUGCGUACAUAAGCUUGCUUACAUAGGAUUGCUUUAUGGCACAAAACAGUGCAGUGGGUGGAGACAUGAUGAGCUGUCUUUAAACUGAAAAUCAAUACAGUUACUCUGCAGGGAACAUGUUUUUACAGCCAGAGGCACAAUGGGGUGUUUUCAAAAUCACUGGCAAUAAAAAGGCUGCUUCUGGACCUCCAAAAGUCUUGAUGAGUAUCUCGAUGAAAUGGAGGUUUGGCAGAGGAAGAUGAAUCAUUUUAAAGGAGCUUUUUAAAGUUUUAAAGUUGAUGGACUGAUUAAUAAAAGAAUGGUCAAAAUGGAAGCAGCAGAGACUUUUAGCAGAGACUCACUUAUCCUAGUUUGGGUCAAGCUGCAAAAACACUGGAGCCUACAUUUCCCAUAAUGCAACUCAGUAGCUUCUUUCAAUAGACUCUCCCUGCCUAGUACAAGCAAAUUUAUUUUAAACUCCAUGUCAACACAUACGCUGUGUCCUGAUUGCAUAUUACAAACUUAUUCUAAGCAGGGUUUGAGUAUGUAGUGUGACAAAAUAAAGUAUAAUCAAAGCAGAUAAAAUGCGUACUAAAUAUAGCCAUAUUUUGACAGAGGAAACCACCAAAAAAAGUAUUAAAUCUUAGAUGAAACAAUUUGAUGUCUAUUUGUGAAACUUCCAAUGGCGCAGUUUGAUUGACAUUUGACGUGAACUGCAGCAGUGAUGGUGUUUGCUACAGGUCUGAUGGUGCUGCAGCACAAUUUACUGUCAAAACAAUCCCCCUUUUAGUUUAUAGGUGUGUGUCGUCUCCUGACAGCCAGCCAAUCAGAAACAAAAACAUGUUAUAACUAACAUUACUGCCUACCAGCAGGUACCUUUUUAAAAUGAACGGAUGAUCAUUUCUGAGUUGAUUGUUCCUUUAAUGCUACUCGUGGACGUGUCCCAGCUACAGGUGGAGAAACCAGACAGGUUUUGAGAUAAAUAAGAUGCCAUCAUCACGUAGUUUGUUUGACAUUUGACGUGACAAAUGUUAGUACAAAAGUAUGCUAAAACAGUAUACAGUGACAGUUACUGUGAAGUGUAAAAUGUAUAGAAUUAGUAUGUAGUGUGGAUUUGGGACGCAGCUAUGCUCUCUAACAAUAGACCCUUUUCACAGAAGAUAUUUUGACAUGUGACAGUAGGAAAAGCACAGGUGUAAAUAAUAAACUUAAUGAUGGCUGAAUUCCAUUUAGCUGCCUCAGUUUCAGUGUCCUGGUGUUGUGCAUGUUGGCUCACUGUCCCACUGUUAAAGGGACGGUUCCCCCCCAAAUCAAAAAUACAUAGAGAAAAGAAAAUAGUUCCUACAUGAAACUGCUGUCUGUGGAUUAUCUUGAGUAACCGGGUCAUGAUUUCUGGGAAGAGACAUUGCUGUUGAGUCUUUCAAAUGUAUUUUUUUGGUGCUUUAAGCACCACAAGAUGAGUGCCAUAUAGUACCAUUACAUUCAAAAAAGGCAGAUAUCUCUACGGCCGACAUCUCCAAAACUCGGCAAAAUUAUACCAACUUUUCACAAUAAAUGGCAGUGAUAUACUCGUGUUCAAAAUUUAGUACUAUUGCAUCAACGCUUGAACGCUUUUUACAUUUAUAAAAAAAGACUUUGUGUCAAACUGCUUUUCUCUUUUUUACUCCAGUCUACCGAGUGUACUUUGUAAACUCAUCUGGUUUUCUAGAGUUCAGCUAAAGCUUAUUUAUUUGUCUAUGUAGAAAAGUACUUGUGGCCUAAAACCACAUGCAGACUUAUGUAAACAGUGUCGAGGUAUGAAGGAUGUGUGAUUGACCUUUAUACAACAUUCAUUUAAAAGGUUAUAAUGCCUGUGGGACUGAUGCCGCUGCCAUAAUGUAUUUAUACCAGUUCUGCUAAAGGAAGAAGAAACAGUUGUAAGUGAUCUUUUCUUGUAGCUAUCCGCCAUAUUGUUAACUUUACCUCAAUCCACCAAACCUGUGUUCACUUAUAUUUGUGAUGUGAAAUGUGAAUUGAUGUUCUAUGAAGGCAGUAAGAAAAUAAAGCUUUCGUGAAAAAACGUUUUGUUUUAAAAUAAUAGAAGUAACCAAAUGUUGCAGUUUGUUAAUUAAUUGGUCCUUUUUGGCUCCUAAUUUAACUCACAACAAAUGAGCUGUGAGCACUUCAAGGAAAAAGCGGACUUUUACCUUCUUGUGUUGUUUAAGUUCAGUUUUAGAGGCCUGAAGAGGGAAAACUCUCCAGUAUUUUAAAAAAAUACAGUAGCUUCCAAGAUGGAUGGAUUAACCCAUUAAAAAUUAUGAAUUAAGUUAAAUAAAUUUUAGGUCUGUGCUAAAAUCGACUCCCAUUAUGAGUCGAUGAGCUUCCUAGCUACUGCAGCUGCAGUAGUGACAGUGUUUGCUGUUGGUCUGAUGGUGCCGACUGAAACUCCACAAAAAAAAGAUUGAACAGCCUCCUGCAGCACAAUUCACUGUCGAAACAAUCCCACUUUUACUUUAUAAGUGUGAAAAAAUCUCCAGAGAGCCUGCAAUCAGGUACAAAAACAAUUUUUAACUAACAUCACUGCCUACAGCAGAUGAGAAAAAAUAUUUAAGACUUUUGUCAAUGAAUUUUAAGACUUUUUAAUACAUUUUAAUGCCUUUUUUGAGGCAACUGAAUUCAAGACCUGCAGAUACCUUACAAAGGAACUGAUGUUUACUGUUAAUUUCAGAGUGGAUUGUUCCUUUAAUGCUACUCGUGGACGUGUCCCAGCUAGAGGUGGAGCCCACAGACAGGUUAACAAGAGGCCAUCAACAAACCCCACUCCCCACCCAAGACCAACUAAAUUAAAAAGACACUUUUUUCAGUCUUUCCCUUAAUUUUUAACAACAGAUCAGCUUAAAAGCUCCUCGCUAAAAGGAGCAAUUUGCGUUCUCAACAAAUGUCAAGGUUAAUAACAAAGUAAUAAAAUAGAACAAUUUGAAUAGAACAUUUAUAAAACAGAUUAAUGCUGCAAGUAUACUUUACCCUCUUUUUAGUAGUUUGUGUUAAAACAUUACAUGAUUGCAUGGUGUAAAAAAAAAAAACACACACAAAACCU